AUGCCGAACUUCUGCGCGGCCCCCAACUGUACGCGGAAGAGCACGCUCGACCUGGCCUUUUUCAGGUUCCCGCGGGAUCCAGCCAGAUGCCAGAAGUGGGUGGAGAAUUGUAGGAGAGCAGACUUAGAAGAUAAAACACCUGAUCAACUAAAUAAACAUUAUCGAUUGUGUGCCAAACACUUUGAGACUUCUAUGAUCUGUAGAACUAGCCCUUAUAGGACAGUUCUUCGAGAUAAUGCAAUACCAACAAUAUUUGAUCUUACCAGCCAUUUGAAUAAUCCACACAGAAAACGAAUAAAAGAAUUGAGUGAAGAUGAAAUCAGGACACUGAAACAGAAAAAAAUUGAUGAAACUUCUGAACAGGAACCAAAACAUAAGGAAAUAAACAACAGCAGUGCUCAGAACCCCAGUGCAGAAGAAGGGGGUGAAGAGCAGGAUGAAGACAUUUUACCUUUAACCCUUGAAGAGAAGGAAAACAAAGAAUACUUAAAAUCUUUAUUUGAAAUUUUGAUUCUUAUUGGAAAACAGAACAUACCUCUGGAUGGACAUGAAGCUGAUGAAAUCCCAGAAGGUCUCUUUACUCCUGAUAACUUUCGAGCACUGCUGGAGUGCCAGAUCAAUUCUGGUGAAGAGGUUCUGAGAAAGUGCUUUGAGACAACAGCAGUUAACACAUUGUUCUGUUCAAAAACACAGCAGAAACAGAUGCUAGAGAUCUGUGAGAGCUGCAUUCGGGAAGAAACCCUCAGGGAAGUGAGAGACUCUCACUUCUUUUCCAUCGUCACUGACGAUGUGGUGGACAUAGCAGGGGAAGAGCACCUGCCUGUGUUGGUGAGGUUUGUUGACCAAGCUCACAACCUGAGAGAGGAAUUUGUGGGCUUCCUGCCUUAUGAAGCUGAUGCAGAAAUUUUGGCUGUGAAACUUCACACUACAAUAACUGAGAAGUGGGGAUUAAACAUGGAGUACUGUCGUGGCCAGGCUUAGAUUGUGUCCAGUGGAUUUUCUUCCAAAAUGAAAGUUGUUGCUUCUAGACUUUUAGAGAAAUAUCCCCAAGCUAUCUACACACUCUGCUCUUCCUGUGCCUUAAAUAUAUGGUUGGCAAAAUCAGUGCCUGUUAUGGGAGUAUCUGGCGCAUUAGGAACAAUUGAGGAAGUUUGUUCUUUUUUCCAUCUAUCACCACAACUGCUUUUAGAACUUGACAAUGUAAUUUCUGUCCUAUUUCAGAACAAUGAAGAAAGGGGCAAAGAACUGAAGGAAAUUUGCCAUUCUCAGUGGACAGGCAGGCAUGAUGCUUUUGAAAUCUUAGUGGACCUCCUACAAGCACUUGUUUUAUGUUUAGAUGGUAUAAAUAGUGACACAAAUGUUAGAUGGAAUAACUGUAUAGCUGGCCGAGCAUUUCUAAAUGAAGUGAUGGAAAAUAUCGAAGUUUAUCAUGAAUUUUGGUUUGAGGAAGCCACAAAUUUGGCAGCCAAACUUGAUAUUCAGAUGAAACUCCCAGGGAAAUUUCGCAGAGCUCAGCCCAGUAACCUGGAAUCUCAGCUAACCUCUGAGAGUUACUAUAAAGAAACUCUAAGUGUUCCAACAGUGGAACACAUUAUUCAGGAGCUGAAAGAUAUAUUCUCAGAGCAACACCUCAAAGCUCUUAAAUGCUUAUCUCUGGUACCCUCUGUCAUGGGACAGCUCAAAUUCAAUACAUCAGAGGAGCAUCAUGCUGACAUGUACAGAAGUGAUUUACCUAAUCCUGACACACUCUCUGCUGAGCUGCAUUGUUGGAGAAUCAAGUGGAAACACAGAGGGAAAGAUAUAGAACUUCCAUCCACUAUUUAUGAAGCCCUUCAUCUGCCAGACAUCAAGUUUUUUCCUAAUGUUUAUGCAUUGCUGAAGGUCCUGUGUAUUCUUCCUGUGAUGAAGGUUGAGAACGAGCGCUAUGAAAAUGGACGAAAGCGUCUCAAAGCAUACCUGAGGAACACUUUGACAGACCAAAGGUCAAGUAACUUGGCUUUGCUUAACAUAAAUUUUGAUAUAAAACAUGAUUUGAAUUUAAUGGUGGAUACAUAUAUCAAGCUCUAUACAAGUAAGUCGGAGCUUCCUACAGAUAAUUCAGAAACCAUUGAAAAUAUCUAA